AGGUGGCGGUACCAAGCCCUUCACAAAUCAGGGGUAUUGUGUUUGAGUGUUAUGGUGGUGACAAACCCUAAUCGAUACUGGGGCAAGGUGGACAAGAACCACGCGGCGUACUCCGACGACCAGAUCGAGGCGGUCCUCGAGCAGGCGCUCACACACGUCGACCUCGACCGCGAUGGCUACGUGGACUACCACGAGUACAGAUACAACAUGCACAAGCCGCAGGAGAACACGAUAGCGAGAGAUAAACAAUGUCCCCAGGUCGCCGGUCCCCACCCCGACAUCCCCGUGUACGAGGACCAGGACCUGUCGGAGAUCGUGGAGGGCGCGCUGAAGCAGGCCGACACCAACAACGACGGGUACAUCGACUAUGCCGAGUUCAAGUCCGUCACAGUCUAAAUAAACGUGCUUA